AUGGCAGACAAGAAGGGAGUUGGAAAAGAACGGAGAUUGCACAGCAGGCAUCAGGGAUCAGACCGCUGCUGUGCCAGACUCUCAACCUCCCCGAGCGCCAAUGACUUCUUAAACGGGGCUGUGGCCCCCAUGUCGGGCGGCUACGCCUCGGACGCUUCAGCCCCCGGGGCGCGGGAGGAGGGGCGGCCCCCACCCCGAGCGGCUGCUCGGCGGGACCAGGGCGGCGGCGUGGGGCGAGGCCCGGCCGGGCCGAGGCGCGCGGCGCGAGUCGGGGGCGGGGCGGCGGCGCCGCCGCGUCGUCGUCGUCCCCGCCUCCUCCCCAGGGGCCGCGUCGGAGCCUCAGCGGCGGCGCUCACAACCCGAGGAGAGCGGCUUGCCUGGAAGCGGCGGCGGCCAUCGAGACCCACCCGAGGCGCGACCCUCUCGGCCUCCGCGCUCCCAGGCCGCUGUGCCCGCGUCCCUUGA